UAUCUAUCUGUUUUCCAGAUAUCCUGCAGUAUUACCUGAGGUGCAGCCCUGGCCAGAUCAACCCCUUCCAGCAGAGGCUCUCAGGGAGUCACAAAGCAUUGGUGGAGAUGCAGGAUGAUGUGGCAGAGCUACUGAGAUCAGCAACACGUGAAUAUGCCAACACCAAGGGGAGUCUGGAGCAGAUCCAGUCGGUGCUGAACUCCACCGAGGUCGGUCUCCACCAGCUGACCGCCCUGGUGGACUGCCGCAGCCUUCACAUGGACUACGUUCAGGCGCUGACCGGGCUGUGUUACGACGGCGUGGAGGGCAUCAUCUACCUCGUUCUCUUCUCCUUCGUCACCGCUCUGAUGUUCUCCUCCAUCGUCUGCAGUGUGCCACAUACCUGGCCUGGCAAGAGGACGGAUGAGGAAGACGGAGAGGACGAGUCGGGCGCCUCACGGGGCGGUGUGCACGAUAACCUGUACCGCGUUCACAUGCCCAGUCUCUACAGCUGUGGCUCCAGCUACGGUAGCGAAGCUAGCCUGCCCGCUACCGCCCACACUGUCAGCAAUGCCCCCGUCACUGAAUACAUGUGAGUUAGCACCCACUGCUGGCUGGAGGCUAGCAGGAUCAAUACACUUCCUGCCAUAGGUAGCUGAUGCUUGCCCCUUCCCCCCCUGACCCAGACGAGCAGCAUAGCUACGCUCACUGCCUGCAAUACGCUAAGUUAGAAUAGCUGUAGCACAUCCCUCAGGACACUUUGUCAGCACUCAGCGAGUUACAACCCUUCACUAGCUUUCCCUGUGAUGCUGAUAGAGAAACACUGCUUCCUGUUUCAGUCCACGAUGUUAGCAACAAAAACAGAUUCAAGUUUGAACUCAACAAUAAGUUUAUACUUUCACCCUGCUUGCUACGGUUUGCUAAAGGAGUGCUUGCUCUGAAUACAACACAUAAUACAGCUAUUGGCUUUAGUCUGCCACUGCUUGCUGCUACUUUAGCUGUGAGCACAUCUACUACUUUGUGCUGCUUACUGCUACAAAAAGAUAUUUAACUCUGCAGCCAGGGUUAAGGAAACAGACACUACCUAUCAUUUGGCAUUGUGAGGUUUUGCACCAAUAAAGGACCAUGUUUUUAAUGUUUUAGGAGAUGAUCAAGUCCUGCAUACAUAACAAUACUGAUGACUAUGUUAAAGGCUUUCAGAGAGAUGGAUAUCCUCCUGUGUAGCCAGAAAGUCACAUUAAGCUUCUCACAUUGAGUAAAGCCUCACUUAGCAUUCAUGCUGUAAGUUGAACCAUGUUCCUUCAGUUUUUCAGACACAUCUACCAUAUUUACCGAAGGCUUGUAGCUCUCUGACUGUCACCAUCAGGGAUCAAUUCCACUGUUCGACAUAAAAUGCAAGAUAUUAAGGAC